AUAAGGUGACACUGGCGGGGUACGAUUGUAUUCAUUCAGGUGAGCUGAGUGAGACGUUCUUCACUUGCUGAGAAAUUUAACUGCUUGAGAUAUGCUGGCUGUGGUUCUUGCCAUCGCUGUGGGCUGGGGUUUUCCAAUUUUUACUGAGGCUGCUACGAUAGACACGGCCAUAAAUGCUACAACUACUGGUGUUGAGGAAUUAAAACAACGGGUCACUGACCUGGAGACAAUGAUGACCAACCUGGCCCGUCAGACCAUGUCGCAGCAACUGUUUGUUGAAGAAAGGAUUCGGUCUGAUGGUCACUCGGGGGUCAAACAGCUCAGGGACUACACCCACGGGACGUCCAGUUACUUUGAUGCCACCCACAUCGGCAAGGCGGUCAGCGCCAUGCACGACCACAGCAACUACAACGACACCCUGGGUAUGGGAGAAACUAUAGUCGUCAUGAACGGGGUGGAAUUUAGGACCCGUCACAACGACUACCGGAUGGUGCAGCCCCACCCCACCAGUAAAGUUUUCCGUGCUGUGGUCAACCUCUCCCCACCCCCAAUACCACCAGCUGUGCUUAGUAAACCAACGGUCGAUCUUCAGAUCACGGAGAUGAUCGAGUGGUUCCGGGCCUUCUACCAGCAGAACUACACAGUCCGAGACUACAGACCUUACUUCCGGCCUGCCAUGUGCUACAUGGAGGGCGCCUGGACUCUCGAUGCCACGAUCCAAGAACCGUUUGCCAGUGACCGACACAAUUUGGUGGCUGACUCCUGGCUGGACCUUCAGCAACAGAUCCGCUACACCUCCUACACUGGCAACAAGGAUCUGAAGGAGAACUUCUCCUACCUGCCCACGGCCAUCAUCUCCAUCAACGAGACCACAGGCAAGCCCGUGUACGCCCAGUGGAACUACAGGAUCCUGUGUAAACCUUACAGUGGGGACAUUCCAACCUCGUACUUCAGACAGCAAGACGACGGGCCCUACCAAGAGAGUUACCGCCAGCCGCUGAGCCGUGUGUUGGCCACAAGAGCCGCACGGUUUAGACUGUCAGAGUACAGCGAUGAGAGAUUCACGUGGUUCACGUUACUGGACAAGAUCUUCAGCGAGAUCCCAGGAGCAGACAACAUCCCCGACCUCCUGAACGAGGCAGCUUUUGGUCAGGACAUCUACUCACAGGACAGCUCCAACUACACCAAGCUCAACACCGGCUACUACCACAGGAUGCUCAAGACUGGCGCAGCGGGUGCUAUGGGAACCUCGAGCGUUUUCCGUGGGUUUUCCGAUGAAAUGUUGUUCUUCGCUGAGACGACCCAGCCUCUUAUCGCCCCUGUUGCCUUCAAGAGUUGUCCCAACACCACAUACUGUGUUACACGCUACUCCAGGUUCACAUACGCCAUUCCUCUAGAAGUUGUCUACUUGUCUCCCUUACUUAGCUGGAACCCUUAUAACUUAUCCAUCUAUGCAAGUAACAAAAUCGUUUAUGCCAACGGACGGUCCGGCAGCACGACCAACACAACGAGAGCCUACAACGGGACGUCACCCAACAGUUUCUAUUACCUCACUCCACAAGCGUUCUACUCCAGCUCUACAGGGGAGAGUGACCCAGCCGACACUGCCGGGGGUGGGGUUGGUGUCCUGGACAAACAGGGCACCAUCAGAAACGUCUCAGCUUCCGGCAUCCCCAUCCUCUCUCUUCCAAUCAGAGGCAUUGGGAGCAUCCGUUUCCGGUACCCGAUUCCGCCAGUUCAUGCCGAGGGCAGCGUUGCUUGGAAAGAAAUAGAAGUCAUCAAAAACAGGAUGGCGCAGAUGAAAACAACGACUGGGGGUAGCUCGGCGUACCAGAUGGAGCUGUACCCGACCCUAGUGAGCGGCAACCACUACCACGAGUUCACCCUCCUCAAGUCAGACUACGACGCCAUUGUCAGCGGCAAUGUCGUCUCGGCCACCACCUCCCAGGCCAACGGUCACGUGCACAACCUUGACCUCUGGUUGAACCCGGCCACCAAGGUCGUGGAGUACAAGGCCUGCGACUACCAGGACGUCUGCUGGGACCAGCACCCCAAGAACAUCAAGAUCGUCUCCGGCCCUUAGAGACGUCAACAACAAUCUGUAUCCGGCGGAAACAACGACCACGUGUGUAGUCUAUAAAUAACCUGCUUCUAAAAAUAACCUGCUUCUAA